AUGCCUUUCCAACAUGGACUCUUCGGUUGCUUUGACAACGUGGGCCUCUGCGUCAUCACCUACUUCGUGCCUUGUUAUACCUAUGGCAAGAACGCCGAGUCUGUUGGCGAGAACUGCUUGCUGUGUGGUCUGGUCUACUUUGUCCCUAUACUGAAUUUCAUCUUCCACACAGUCAAUAGAGGAAAAAUUCGCACCCAGAGGAACAUAGAGGGUGGUUUCUUGACAGACUGUUUGGCUGCCUGGUUCUGCCCCUGCUGUGCUCUAGUGCAGGAAGCACAGGAGGUGCAGGGCCCUCACACGCAGUAUGUUCAAAGAACUUGA